CAGCGAGGCUCCCAGGGCUGCAGAGCUGAGCACGCGCUGCGUGAGCGAGCACCGUGCGGGCCCAGAGCGCAGCAGCUGCUGAGACAAGCCAGGCCCAGCACUCGGAAGGGGAACUCGGAGUAGCUGGCAGCGACAUCCAGAGCGUAAUGUCAGAUCUGGCGUGGGCUCGCCUCCUGAGACAGAGAGCUGGACACGACAGCAACUUGGUUUUCAGCUGCGGAAACCAAAGCAGUGAAAGCACGAGGCUAAACAUCAGGGAAAAGUCAUUGCUUCGGGGGCUGCUGUGCAAGGGACAGGCUGUAUUAUUUCCGUGGGAAACACUGAGUAUUUUAUGCAAGACCUUCCCUGAUCUCCGUGCAAAGAUAUUCUGCAUUACGGUCGUUCUAAAUUCUGCAUUGCGGUGGUUCUAAAUUGUGUUCUUUCCCCUAGUCCCUGCUAACUGAGGCGUGAAAACAAGAGCCAACAUGAACGUGGGAACAGCACACAGCGAGGUGAACCCCAACACCCGCGUGAUGAACAGCCGGGGCAUCUGGCUGUCCUACGUGCUCGGGAUCGGCCUGCUGCACGUCGUGCUCCUGAGCAUCCCCUUCUUCAGCGUCCCCGUGGUUUGGACCCUUACCAACAUCAUUCACAACAUGAGCAUGUACAUCUUCCUGCACACCGUGAAGGGAACUCCUUUCGAGACGCCGGACCAGGGCAAGGCGCGGCUGCUCACGCACUGGGAGCAGAUGGAUUACGGCGUGCAGUUCACGGCGUCCCGCAAGUUCCUGACCAUCAUGCCCAUCGUGCUGUAUUUUCUAACCAGCUUUUACACCAAGUACGACCGGAUCCACUUCGUCAUCAACACCAUCUCCCUGAUGAGCGUCCUGAUCCCCAAGCUGCCUCAGUUUCACGGAGUCCGGAUCUUUGGGAUCAACAAGUACUGAGCUGCGUGGAUGGAGCGCGUGGAGGAGGAGCGGGGCUGGGGGGGGGGGGGGUUCCUCCUCCCCGGUCCCGUUUCCCCCUGCCCACGCUCACCGGGAUGGUUUCACAGCGGCUGUUUCAAUGCAGUACCCAAUAGACACAUACCGCAUGCUGGAUCCUCAUGCCCAAUAAAUCUAAACAAGCUCCAGAGUAGAGUUUAGUGAGGAGCAGGAUGCACGACGCUGGACUUCACUUAUUCCGGCGUCAUAAAUAGAUGCAGAUACACCGAGACUUCAAGGUACAGGGAGGAUGAAUUGCGGGAAGAUUUUCAUCUAUCCCAGACGCUGAGCGACGAGAACAGGGGUGAGGGGAAAAGCUUUUAGUGCUGGUACUAUUGCUGUGGUAAAUGCACUUUAACAUGUAUUUCCCUUUCUGAAGCUAAGUGCUUUAAGCGAUACGCGGGGAAAUUCAAAGGGACGCAGCCAAACUCUCCCAAUACUGGAUUGAUUCAGGUUUUAGUUCCAUUUCUCGGGCAGAGGAAGAGAGGGAGGGGAACAGAAGGACAGAUUUUUAUUUCGAAAUCUUUUACGCCACUGAGAAAGGAAAUUCUUUUACUAAAAGCAGGACGGGAAAAAGAAAAACGACCUGCGCUUUGAGACAGCUUUUGGUUUUCUGUGGAACCAUUCGUCCGGUUCAGGGAAAAGGUCACAGGAUCCCACGUCCCAGGUGUUACUUUCAGUUGGGGUGACGUCGCUCCCCAUCCCAAACCUGCUCACGUUUUCAAGCACUCAGGCAGCGAAGCAUUUGGAUUAAGGACCACGGUGCAGCUCCUUGCAAUGAUGGACUACGAACGCCCCUGAGGUUCCUGGUACACGGGGCUGCAUGAGCCUGGGAGGAACCGAAGGCUGAUGGGUACAGACCAAGUGAGAGACAGGCAGCUGCUCGGCAGAACCCAUGAGUGGCCGCGAUUGGAGUUGUCCUCCUCCAUCCCUAAGCCUGCGUACCUGACCGUGAGAUUUGCCAGCUCUGCAGCUCACUCAGCAUGCGGGUCUCCACGCGGCCAAGAAGCAUUGCAGCAUCCCCAGGGCUGAGCAGCACCGAGGGCCCGGGGGGCAGAGCAGCGCUGAGCAGUAGCCCCAGCAGCACGCUGAACUGAGCCAGAGAAGGACGGGCAGGGCGCUGGAGACAAGCCGUGGUUUUGGACAGGAAUAAAAUCAAGCCUUCUUCCCCCUACAGCUACUGCCAGAACGUCCGAGGUCUGCAGGUGCAGGUUUCCUGGGAGAUGCCUUUCUGCCCUUCAAAGCCAUUGGUUUUUCUUUCGAGUUGUGCGCCAGGUGGAGCGUGGUUUUGCUCAUGCUUUCCCUUACACAAACCUGUGUUUUUUGUUGUCUUAGCGCUUACGUUGUCUCGCCCUGGCAAUGGUAAAGGCGUUUUAAAUAGGCUGGGUUUGUUCUUAAUUAGCCGAGUCUAGCUUGAGAAGUCAGAGUGGAUACUGAGCUCUAUUUGAGGGUCUGGGCAUAGGACACAGAGCAACUCCAAGAUCCAGUAUAUAAGACCUAGUACUACUCCACGCAUAACAGUAGGCAAGCCACUUUACUUCAGCCCCGUGCUUACUACCAGGCUGCUGCAGAGAAGGGAGAGAACAGUUCACGUAGCUCAGAGCCUUGCUGGAACACACAGGGUCAUUAUCUAAUGGGUUUGAACAAUGGGAAUAUUUUAAGUGAAAAGGAAGCUUUCAAGAAGGUAGGAGAAGAGCCGGCUUGCUUUUUGAGUGCUGAUCUCCAGUGAGAGUUUGGCAGAUGCGUUGCGUACCUGACUGGGGGGGGCUAAACCUUUUAGCCACCGCGACACGAGGACUGCUGCUUUAGUUAAGGUACUAUAUACCCUAAAGCUAAUAUACUCUGUAAGCUAUUAGACAAUGACUUUUGGGAAAAAAAAAAAAAAAAAGUACUUUUUUUUUCAAAACAGAACUGUUUUGUCCAUCAGCUGAAUGCUUUGGAAGUUAGGGAGCAAUGAAGAGUAGCAGUGCCUGGGAUGCUCGUGGAUGCAGGGCAGCCAGGGCUGCUCCAUAACGCAGCCCACGUGGGGCUGACCUGCCCUGGACACCUGACAGCUCGUGAACUCAUAGCCCAGUGCUAAACCUCCAGAAGAAAGAACACUACUCAUUUAGGUAGAAUAUAACCGGGAAAAAUAGAAGCUCUUUUUUGCAGCAAAGUAGUCGUUAUACCAAGGGUGCUUUGGCUUAAAAACACGACUCCCGUCGGGUAGGGGCAUAUACUGAUUAUUUUGAAGUAUAUGUGCCUUAUUCCAAGCGAGAGCAGCUGGGAUAUUUUUAGCCUAAGCCGAAGGGAAGGGCUCAGCUUUCCUCCACGCACAGUGGCUUCGUCGAGGCCUUGGCCUUACAGCUGCUGAAGGCUGGAGCACGCAGCAUUUGUGCCGUUAACUGACGCUGGGGACAUCUGAUUCUGUCCUGUUAAAUUAAAGAUCAUCGAUAAGACAGUACAGAAGGGAAUUACAAACGUCUGCAAAUGGCAGGUUUUCAAGCCCAGAGUCUAAAACUCCUCGUGGGGCAAAGCCUUAAUGAUACCAGUGAGCUUCUCUGAUUUUACUUAACUGGAAUGGUGAAAAUAGCAAUUCCACAGGUGUCCAUGGUUGGGGUUCCGUGGCAAAUGACAUUCUUUACGAGGCACAAACAGCACUUUUGCCACGGAGCAUCUGAAGUGAACUUGGGUUUAUACAGUUAAUCCAGUCGAAUGGAAUAUGAAUUAAAACUGGAGAAACGUGAAGAGGGGAAAGAGCUGAAGAAAGAUUUUGCGUUAAUAAUACAGCGUACAAAGUAGCUUCGUUAGAUGAAUGGUUACUUGAACAAUUAUUGAUCUCGUAUCUUCCUUCAGACCCCAUCUUGAGGGGAGGUAGCAGAAUUAAAAGUAGAAAAGGAACCUUAGAAAAAAGCUUUGGGUACUGCUGGGCAAGGCGCACGCAGGAGCGCUGUGGCUCAUCCCUUCCUGCCCGUGUCGUGGGAGGCAGCUGCAGCUGAUGGGAUUUCCAGCCAAGGGUCCCAGCUGCAGCGGUAUGAAAGCAGAGCACCGUGCAGGGGCUCCUGAAGCUGUCCUGAGCCCACUGCUGCUCUAUUUCUGGUGGUGACGUUGUGAGAGAAGCCAGCUCGGUGAGCAAAGGCUGAUCUUACCCAAAGGACCCGGGCUGCUGCGUUCCCACUGGAAGUCAUUGCUGAGGAAACCGCACAGCACGGGCAGGACGAGGGGGUUCCAGGCGUGCGUGGCACAGCAGCGAUCCCAGGGUGAUGCCCACGUCCCGUGCUGAGCAGCAGAACCUGAGCCCUGGGGCUGCCCAGUCACUGCUGCGUGGACCUGUGUGCAGGAGAUCCCUGAUGGUUAGUGAUUUUAAAUGGGAUUUUGACCCCAGCACACGUGGCAGGUUCUCGUCCCCAACUUGUGCUGGCUUUGUGCACAGUGAGUAGAACAGAACCUCAGCUGGAGAAUAAAGGAGGACUCCCUGGCGUGACUGCAAAAUUAGGGCUGGGCAAGCAGGUACUUGACAUCCUUUGGUUUUCUUUCUUUUGUCCUGCAAUGAACGCAGGAGGAAAGCUUCAGAAAAGCAGCACUUGAGGUUGGCAAGAGGCCGUGCCCCCACCAUGCACACCUCCAGCCCUGGGGACGGGAGGAAGCCACCAGGCACCACGGCUUCAUCAGUCAGGGCUCCUAUCCCGCAGUUCCCAAUGGGAUAUCUCACAGCCCAAACCUCUGCAGGAAGGAAGGAAGAAAAAAAAAAAAAAAAGCCUUUAAAAUAAAUAAAUAAAAAUCCUGAGAUUUAGGGCUACUUAAUCAUGAGGUUUUUUUGUUUUUUUGUUUUUUUUUUAAAUUGUGUUUGCUUGUUUUAAUAGAAAGUUGGUACCGGCCCUCGAAAAGGGGCCAGCAGUUGGGUUACCAUUGUUCAUGCAUUAAGAUUCCUUCCUGGGACUCACGUGGCUCUCUCAUUGCAUCUGAUAUACUUUAAGCAUGCACGUGUUUGCGUUGAUGUAUCCUCCCUGGAUCGGUUUCAGCUAAAUGAGUUUUGGUUUUUAACAGCACAUCCUGACGUUGUACACAGUUUUAGGGUUUGGGUUUGGUUGUUUUUUUGGUUUUUUUUUCCAGCAGCCCUUCUUUUUGCUGUGGAUACAGAAGCCUCGUGGAGAGAACUUUCUAAAAUAAAGCGUGACUAUUUUUAUGACUCCUUUGUACAGCGUUCUAAGAGAAACUAAUAAAGUGAGUAUUCAUGUAA